AUGGUUCGCGUUGACGCGGUCAACACAGAAGCUUUGUCACCUGCAGCGAGGAUCAUGGACAACCACAACCCUGGGAACAAUCAUCCAGAAAGUGCUGCGCAUCGAAGUGCUCAAAUUGGAACUGCUGGACCUACCGAUUCAUACGCGCAGGCCUCAGGCGGAGCAGUACAAGCGCAAGAAUCAAAUCUACUUGCACCGAUGCAGCCACCCCGACCCGGACAACAAGAAGCUGCACUAGUGCCGCAAGGUCAGCGGCAAGUUUAUGCGACUAGUACAGCCUCGUCGCUAGCAACUCCGGAACCACCGGGUCGGAGCCUCCAUGGGGCCGACUACUUGUUUCACGGGGAAACUAAUGCGCUUACACCACCGCCAUUUGGCUUUCAUGUCAUGCCAAAGCAUAUCGCGCUUGAACAAAAUCCUCGUGCAGCUGCAGGCGUUUUCGCUGUCAGAUCGAUGGCAAAGAAUGUCGCGGCGUUGCCCGGGGGUCCGAAGCCGGCUAUUGGCGUCGGCGAUGAUGCUCAAGGCUUACAACAAGAUGCACAACGAGGAAGACAGGAGUUGAGGGCAGCGGCGGGGGUGGACGGCGUUGCAGCUGAAAGAACCGCUGGGACGCAGCUGCUGUCCGGCCAUCAAGCUGCGUCGUCUUCCGGCUCCGGAGGCAACGAGGUUGGUUCCGGGGCACGCAGUUCAAACGACGGGCAAACGUCUGGAGGAGAACACUUGCAAGGAAGAUACAUAGGAGAUAGCUUUGUCCCUGGUUGGUUGUUUCGUGGAGCAGCGGGUGCGAUGCACGAUUCGCACGUGUAUGCGUUAUCUCCGGGUCUUUUUACACCAUUUUCGUCGCCGAAUCUGUUGUCAUCCGCAUCGGCAUCCGGGGGCUCUGUUGCAGACGAUGUGCACUCUGUCGUAUCGGAGCAGCGCCUGCGUACUCUCUGUCUGGACGUCGACGAAGCCAACCAGCAGAGAACACACAUGUCUGCCGAUGAAUGCUGUAAUCAUUCGACCGCGUCCCCUACCGGCGCCGGCGAGGUGGCUGCUGACCCUCAAACAACUUCCCCUGCAAAAGAUUUACUCCUGCAAGAGGAAAGUACUGCGAGAGGCACAGAAUCUUGUCCACAUUCCGCGCACCCCUGCAUCACUUGCCCAGCAUGGAAUUCACGCGCCGCGCCCGCUAACUACACAAGCCGAGCGACAGGCAGUGCUUCAGAGCCAUCCCCCACAACCACGCUCCUUCUCGGAGGAUCUACUUUUAGUUGUGGAGACGAACGAGGGUUUGAAAAGCGACAGAGGGGUCGCAGUUUCGAGUUUGAGAUGAUCGUGGAGCGCAAUAACAGUGAAGAGGAAAGAACAAGUUUAGUAUGCGACAUGGACGCCGCGACCAGUGUUAACAAAGCAAGUCGCGAUUCCUCACAAGCCUUACGUGAUCGAUCUCCGGAAGAUAGUGAACCACGAGCAUUAACACUAAAGAGCAAAGAUGUAGUAGAGGCGGCACUUCAUGUUGCUAGAGCUGGAAGUCCUUCGUUUUCUGAGUGGUCCAUGCCGAACCCGAUGAAAGUAGAGGUUCUUGACACUACUAACUACACAACAACUCUCGGUAGUGAGGGUGGCGGAGAAGUACCUCCCGGAAAUAUAGACCAGCCAGAGCAGGCAAUUGCUCGUUGUAACGCAAAAGACGGAGGUAAUCAUUCAGCGGCUGCCGACCUUUCAUCAUGCAGCGCGGCAUUACCAGAGACCACUUCUUGUUCUGCCGCUGCUCAGUGUCACGACCUCAGAGGAGCUUCGAUCGAUGCCCCGACAUCUGCGCUUGACGACGAUAUUACCUUUGCGCGUCAAAUCUCUCCGUCGGCGCAGACGCGCCUUGAGACUAAGUGGCAAACGAUACAAGAGAAAAACCGCACCUUAUUUCAAAAGCGGGCACUUCCACGAACUGGUGGUUCAGCAGCUCGUGGCAGGUUGUGUAGCGACCCUGUGCAUAAUUCUGUGGUCACACCGGCCACAGGGGGACCCGACGCGAAAAGACGAGGCCGGAGGGCUUCUAGGAACUACAAGAGAGGCAACUCACAAAAGAGACGAUGGGAGUGGGAAAACGAUUCAUCUUCUUCAUGUUCUACUUCAGACGAUGGAGGUGCGGAGCUCCGCGCGCGGGCGCUACUUGAGAAACACAACCAAGAGCUUCUUGCGAGAACACACUCAUCAUCUCCCAUGGAAGCACCACCAUCUUCAUCAGUGCUCUCUGAAUUAGAGCAAAUCCUCCAGUUUCCGCGUCCAUCGAUGUUUGAUGCGAAUGUUGCAAUCGAUCCUCGUAUUGUUGACGAUCGGACCCCUCCGACACCGUGGUCCUCCACAUUGCCACUGGUCAAGGACAUCAAAUACAUGACCCGCGCCAGGCAACGACGAAAGGAGUUUCUUUCAAGAUGGGACGCUCAUGGUUCCAACAGCGAGGCUGAAGAUGAAUACACCGAUGAUGACCAGGAGUCAACAUUUUAUUUCGGCUUGGAAAAUAGAAGUGAUGAAAAAGACUUAGACGUCGAGGAUGACAAUUCUGGUGACGGCAAUAGGCCUUUCGCAGCCAGGAGUGCAGCUGCUGGCCAGGAUGUUGAAAUGGGAACGACACCGAAGUCUCUAUCUGAUCUCUUGCCUGUUGACGAGACAUCUCUGCGCGGCUCUGCAGUGUUGCACGAAGUUGCUGGAGGUGUAUCUUCACCUUCAGAUGAAGGCGCAUGCCCAUGUCAGGACAUCGCGUUUGGGACAUGGACACUUCUACCGCCAGCUGCAGAGGGAGUAGGCAGUAUCCGACGACCGGAUGAGCUCAUGCCGCAGCGAGGCGGAACUGUAUACGAAGAACUCCAAGCUAAGAUGUCGAAUAUGUGCCUCGAUGAUCCGAUUGAUGUAGCAGCUUCCAGCUCGUCACGGCCUACUACAUCAACUGAUACUGAGGGCGACCAAGCACGUCUACAACUACAACAUCUACAUACGACGACUCAUACUUAUAGCGAAGAAACCCCAACAUCACAGCCUGAGUCACUUUUAAAUGACAGGAGCAGUCUUUUGGAAGUGGAACCACCGCCAUUAACAGGUAUGUGGUCCUUGUUUGUUGAACCAGAUGCUAUUCGUACUUCCUCCCCUGUCGAACAAGGUGGCGUGUUGUCAGCCCUUGAUCGUCUCGGUGUGUGGAACGAUUUUUUCGAUGCGCUCGCAUGGACGCAGUUGGUCGCGGAACUACAUCUUCAAGAGUCUCUCUCGCACGCAUCUUCUCGCGAACGGAGUGCAGAAUCUCGGGAGUGUCCCCAUUAUUGUGUCCACAAACAACGUGAACAGCAUGCCGACGAGCAGAGAGGGGGUCAUGAGCAUAUUGUUUCGGCAGGUGCGGAUAUCGAAGGUGUAAAGGCUGAGAGUGAACUGUUCGACCCUGAGCAAGACCUUCCUCAACAAGAUUCAGCGUCUUUGCCUGGAAUCGAUCCUCGGUCUCUUCCUACAGCAAUCUCUGAGUUUGUUGAUAGGGCAGACAUCGCAGUACUUGUGCGCGACGCACUUGCGUUUUUGCAGGCGGUGUCCGGAAUCGUGUCUCGAGUGACCGAGAACGAGAUGCGUGCGACGUCCCCAGAAAAUCUCGAACUUCUAAUUGACAUUCUUUCCUACGUAUUGCGUCUUGGUCAUAUUCUUGAUCCUGACAACGAGGAAGCCGGCGAGUCACGCCUUCGACUGCUGCAAGAGGAACAUGGAGUAGGUGAUGUGCAGAAAGUUCUUUUUCCUUCGCGGCUGCUUGUCGAGUUCCGGUGCGCGAAUGCAACUCAAGCACAGGAGCAACUCCCUUCCGCAGCGCCCUCCGCAUCGUGGUCACUGGAAAUGCAGCAUGCAUAUUGUGCUUACAUUUCUGGUGGACUCGCAUUCGGCGGUAGUUCAGCUUCUACCGCAGCUGCUCCGAUUACCAACGAUUACGAUGCUGCAGCUUCUUCUUCUGCGGCAGCGAUUCCGGCCGGACUGCAGGUAGUUGCAACUUCCGGCGUUGGAAGUAGAGCUCCAAAUGAACAACAGGCGAGGGCUCAGUUCACGACUACAACCGCAAGUGCAACAUCGUCGGGAAAUGACGGCACUGGUGUGUUGCGGCCCGCGAUGUCAUCUGCAGCAUCAUCAUCAGAUACGAGAACUCGAAGCACCAGAGGACAAGAUGAAGAUGUACAAGUAGAAGUACAACAGGAACAGCUUCAUCCUUCCACCACAGAACGAGGUCCUGGCGCUCCUUCUGCACAACGUCAGAACAGGCGUGGAAUUAUGAUUUCGAGUGGGGACCCAAGGGCUGUGAGGUCCUCGGAGCCGGGAUAUCACAGGCGCAGAGCAGCAGAGCUGCACGAAAGACACAGCGCUCCUGAUCAGUUUACCACAUGCUUCGCUUUUCUCGACCUACUGUGGCACGAGAUUCUCCAGUUGUUUCCGGACGCAGGCGACGAAAGACUGGCUGACAGAAGCGGUGCUAGGCGAGGGGCACGAGGUGAUCUCGCUGCCGAGUCUUUGAGGGGGCAUCAAGCAGCAGCUGGUAAUGUGGGUGCAGCAACAUCAGGAAUGACGACAACAGCUCUUGAUGAUCAAGGCAUGAGUGAACAAGGUACUGGAGAUGCUGCAGCACCAGUAGCACGCGGUAGUCGCGGAGGUUUCGGACUUCUUGCAAGACUGGUAUCUGGUCUUACAGGUAACAGAAUUAGUCUAAGUCGGAGCCGAUUUUCAGACUCGCCGCAAGGGGAUCCUUCCUCGUCUUCUGCUAGUGCAGCUUCGCCUGAUGAACAGCACGACUCCGAAGGUGUGCAACGACAGACGGGGCCGCAUUUUCAUCACGAAGACGACAAGGCGCCGAAAAAACCAGACACACAUCCUCCUUUCUGUGUGGCGCGAAACCGACACUGUAAUUUGGUUGCCCACGGGGAUUGCAUGCGUCGUUAUUUCGAAACUACUCGUCGUGCGCGUGUCGUGAUCUGCAGUCCCUACUUUCUCAACAUGCCGGCGCAUGGUAUUGACGGUAGAAGAGGUAUUAGUACCCGUACCGGAAGAGCAUCAAUAUCGUCUUCUUCUGCAGCUUCACCACAUCCAUCUUCUAGUGCAGAUCCGCGUCAUCAACGAAUUGGGAGAUCUGAGUGUUGCUUACCACGGGAAGCACUGCAACAGAUCGCGGAUUCAGCCAGAGCGGCUUGCAUGUUGAUGUGUACGCCUAAUACGAAAUUGGUGCGUCAUGUUCAAUGCGCAGCUUGUUGCGAAUGGGGGCCUGUCGAUAAAGCUGACGGUGCCCGCUUUCCAGUUACGACUCUAAGCGAUUUCUAUCAAAACCAGGAACGCACUCCUCUUACUAGUUCUGCAGGGUAACUAAGUACCAGGAUGAACUUGUUUUUUCAGUAUUACUAUUAAGUCAAAAUCAAAUUCAAAGAUCAUGACUUUCAAAUCUUUUUCUUGAAUGUUGAGUGACAGACUUUGAUAAUUAAAUAAUAUAUGUACCAGGGAGGGAGGCCCCCCCCCUGUGGAUGGGUCUGCGGUUGACCACGCCAGAGGGGUCCAGCCUGGCCACCUUUGCGCGGUCUGUAUGGUUGGCCACAUGCAGCACGCCAAGGGGGUGGGUCCCGCCUUGCCUCCUCUGCCAGCUCUGUCGGGUACCGCAACACGCCAGAGGGCGCCCGCGAGCCUUGCCAUCUUUGCCAGGUCUGUAGGGUACACGCAACAAGGCAGCGGGGCCCUGCCUUUGCCACCUUUGCCAGGUCUGUAGGGUACACGCAACGAGGCGGGAAGGGGUCAGAAGUGGGCGCUUUGAGGCCUUCCCGCCCGGCAGCCCCUCGAAAAGAGGGGCCGGGGCCUCCCCCCUCAAAAAGUUAGAUCGGGGGGGGCCUCCAGCCUUGAGCCCUGAAACAUAUAUAAAUAUGUUUUAGGGCUGGACGGUGUCCCCCCCUGUGGUCUAGUCUGUGGUGGCGCGCGCGCGCGCUUUUCCGCGCAGAUUUUCGCGGAUUCCGGUGGUGAAAGGCGUCAAAACUUGGCGCAGGCGGUUCCUUGCGCCUCUCGGCGUGUCCCUAAGGGACCCCCUGGCCUCUGCUGACCCUCGCAGGCGGGAGGUCUCCGGGGUAAAAGGCCGCCGAAGGCGGCGACGGUCGCCGAUGACCAAGGGCCCGGGGGGUGCAUGCCUUCGGAGGCCUUCCACUACCGGCGCACUGCUGCGGCGGCGAAGCAUAUCGGAGACACUUAGGGCACAGGCACGCACCUGGGAGGGGGCGCAGGCGGUCUCCAGGCUGGGCCCCUUUUGAGGCCUUCCACCCACGUCGGAGGCCUCUAGGGGACAGCCAAGCACCUGGAAGGAAGCGGAGGCGGCCCCUUGGGCCCCUCUUGAGGCCUCUCACCUACGUCGGAGGCCUCUAGGGGACAGCCAAGCACCUGGAAGGGAGCGGAGGCGGCCACUUGGCCCCCUGACUUUUGGAGGCCUUCCACGCCCGGCAGACGCUUCGAAAAGGGGCCCGGGGCUACGGUACCCCUCCCCUAGCGUAGGGGGGGCACCGUAGCCCCGGACCAUAUAUAAUAAGAAAGCCCUGGAUCAUAUAUAAUAAGAAACUCGCCAUGCUAUCGAUCGUCGAGUUCCACGACGUAUUCGCGUUGGCGGCUCUUCACGGUGUCGUGGAAAGUCUCCCUUAGAUUUUGGGGAAAUUUUGUCAUUGGGAACCAGAUGCACUUGCACUUACUUCCAUGUGUAGGCUGUGCCGAAGUGGAAGUAGAUAGCAAUAUAUUUAUAUGAUUACGCCAUACGAAUACCUUUACCUCAAGAAGAUAUCUCCCCCGAACUCUAAGCCCGGCUUCGAGUUCAGUUGCUUCGGUGGGUGCGCUACGCUUUUCCCUGAAUUCGGGAGGAUCUGA